AUGUAUGGCACUGGGUCUGCUCUGCUCACUCAACAGGUAUUUCCAGUGAAAAUCGCUGGCGAUACAAAUAGUCAAAUAGUCAAGACACAGCCGCCGCGGAGACCAACGCCCACGACAGUAACCACCACCUACCACGCCAACAUGGUGCGCUCCCAUGCGCCCCGUCUGCGCAGCCCCAAGGCGCAACAGCGUCGCGAUCGCAACACUUUGGCUUGUCUCCUGAGUCGCCGCGCCCGGCAGGCCAAUCAGGCUGCCAUGGAGCAACAGUACGAGCACUAUCGGGUGCAGCACGAGGCCAACCUGGAGCAGCAAAUACGACUGAGCCUCUACUACGUACGGUUCCUGCAGCACGCCAUGGCCAGCACCCGAGCUCCACUGACCGAUACCCAUCAGAAGCUGCCGCAGACUCCGCAGUGCUGGCCCCAACAGGCAACUGCCACGAAGCGUUAG